GUGGACGUGAUUGGAAAGGGAAAGCCGUUUGACCUCCUUCCGUUUGACGAUGAGACGCUAAGGCCUAGAAAUAAACCAUCCGUGGAGUUGGCAUUAUUUCUUUAUGAUCUACCUCAUAUAUAAUCAGACGAUCCAGUGUUUCAGCGACUGGUGAGGAGGUCAGGUCAGGUGGUUGUAAAAUGUACUAAAAUGAACACAUCCACUGUCUGACGAGUCAUCUAGGAACACGCGCAGUUGAAAGGAACCACCGGGAAACGUACACAAUAGGCAAAGAUUGUAGCAGAGGAUGCCUCGUUUUGAUUUAGGGUACAGUGAUGCUAAGUCAUGUCAGUUAGAUGGAUGCACCGGACUACCAAUAAAGAUUUGUCAUCAUCGUGACUGUCGAGUACAGAAUAAUCACCAACCAUUGGUUCUGUGUGAGUCAUGUGAUAUUAAACUACACUCUGAAGCUUUUGAUGGGCAUCCACGGUUUGACCUUCGACCUCAUGGCACCUCUCUCAGUCGUAGUGUUUCAACACGGUCUUGUCCAGCUGAUAGGCCUAUGUCUGACCCUGAAACUAUAGAUUCCUCAAAAGAUGACGUGACAAGUAGCGGUGUUGAUGAUGAGAUGAAAUCUCCAUCCAAAGACAGAAGAUCCAGAAGAAGUGUGAAACUACAACGUAAGAAAGCUUACAGACGUCAUCACACUGAUGAUCAGAGCAGAGAAUGGUUUUCAUUAAAGUUUGAUAUAAGUGAUAAAGAUGAUGUUGAGAUCGUUUCAGCAAUUAAAGGAAGAUCAUUAAGGGAUGCUCUGGAAUGCAUAUUUAUGUGUCGUAAAAUGUCCCUUGAUUCUGUGAAUAUAUUCCUAGACCAAUCAAACACUCCGUUACCACUACAGUUGGAUACCUACCCCCUUGGAGGUCACAGUCUGACAGUUAAAGCAAAGGAUCCAGUUAAAGAUGCAUUUAGAAGAUCAAGUUUUGAUAACACAUCAGCUAGAACAAGAUUGAAAUCAAUAAAAGAUAAAGACAAGGAUAAGUUAAAAGGGAGUCAGCGAGGUUUAAAGAAUAUCAUAUCUUAUAUCAACGAUAGUAUGUCACCAUCAGUACCAACCAGUCCACUGCCAUCAGGAGGGGAAUCUAUUAGACGAACACCGUUUAGAUUGGGAGAAAUGUUUAUGAACAAGGACAAAGAGAGAAUGAAUACAUUAACAGAAAAGUUAGACUUCUAUUCAGUUCAUGGUAUUCCUGAUUAUCCUGAUACAAUGAAUACACCGAGAAAAAAAAACAAGACUCAAAAUGAAAACUUGUAUGCACUGGGAGCUUGGACUGACAUUGUUGAUGGAGUCAAAGAAAUGGGGAAACGGGGAAGAGAUCAACAAGAGGCUAUAUGGGAAAUAAUGGUUACAGAAGUUACUUAUAUAAACAAACUAAAAGUUAUUACAGAUGUUUUUUACAGAUGUUUACUAAAUUUGCAAAAUGAAGGUAUUUUGAAUGAGAUUGAUUCUGAAAGACUGUUUAGUAAUGUUCUUGAACUGCUUGAAAAACAUGAAGAAUUUUGGGUUGAAAGACUUGUUAAAAUUGUGCAGUAUUCCAAACAAACCAAACAACCUCUAUCAGCGGUUUACACAGCUGAUGCUUUUAGUAAGUUUGACAGAAAGUUUGGUGUGUAUAUGAAAUACUGCAUUGAAGAAUUCUCUUGUGUCAAUUACAUGAAAACUCAAAUCAAGGAGAAUGAACUUUUUAAAACUUACGUUGAGUGGUGCGAAAACCAAAGGGAGUGCAAUAGACUUAAACUAAGUGAUCUGUUAGUGGAACCGCUACAAAGACUUACAAAAUAUCCACUGCUACUUAAAGCUGUUUAUACAAAUACACUAACAGAGGCAAACAGAGACAAAAUACAUGCUGUGAUAAAAGAAGUUGAGAGAUUUAUUUUCAAGAUAAAUAGAACUUUGAAGUUACGUCAUGAAAGAAAGAAGCUGGAUGUCAUACAAAGUAAAAUUGAAUCCUAUGAUGUCAUUGACACAGCAAAUGAGGAAUUGAGUAAGUUAGUUGAAGAUUACACACAUUUCAACCUAUCGUCGCCAAUGCUCGGUGCUAACCCAACCGAACAAAGAAUGUUGCUACUUGAAGGACCAGUCAGAUUAAAAGACAAAGAUGGUGGAAAGAUUGAUGUCUUGAUGUUUUUGUUUUCUGAUAUACUACUUAUCACCAAACCAACCAAAAAGGGAGAUCGAGUUAAAAUUAUAAAGCCUGUAAUGAGGGUGGAUCGUAUUAUAUUACAAGAACUGAAAGAUUCCAGUGGUUUUCUACUAGUGUAUUUAGAUGACCAUAAGCUAGCUAUGUGGGUGUAUACAUUACAAGUGACUGGUGUUGGCCAAUCCAGAGUAUGGUUACAACAUGUACACAAAGCUAAGCAAUUAUACAGGGAAAUUCGACACAGAUGUAAUUUUAUUAAAGAUGAGAAUGAUGAAGAUAAAAUAAAUAAAACAACACCGCAACAUAAACCAACAUCUCAAAGAAGAAGUAGCGCUUCAUCUGCAUGUUCAGAUUCAUUCUCAGUAUCAUCAAUAUCUCCUGUUAAUUUGAUAGAAGAAAGUCAAGGUCAUGAAGCCGCUGAAAGUCAAGGUCAUGAAGCCGCUGCAUAUUCUCUGACACCCAAAAAAUCAUCAAAUGAGACACUUCAAAGAAACAAAUCACGAACUCCUAUGAAAGCGACAGCACUGCCCCUAUCAACGGAUAUGUGUGUUUCCUCCAGUGAGGAAAGCAGUCCUCGUGAAUCUGUACGAGGACGCAAUGUUCUGCCCAAUAUGUUGAACAUUUCGAAUAAAUUAGGACGAUCAGUUUCUGAUAAAUCAACUCAGAAUGUUGUAGGAAUGAAGAAUUGUAAGUCAAAGGUCAAGAAAAGAAUGUCUUGGGGUCCAAGUUCAUCCAUGGAAGAGGUUCAAAGAGAAUGUCAUACAAGACAGAAUUCUGAUACAACAAUUAUACCUGUUCCCAGGAUUAUUGAACACAAAGCAACGUCAAUGAUUGACAUCUCUACUGUAGAUCCUGAAACUGACUACUAUGUGAGCCGAACAAAGAGUAUGGAAUCUGUAAAUGCAGAAUCUGAAAAAAAGGAGUUUGUAUCUCCUUCAAUAACUGUACGCGAAUGUGUCUCCGAGACUUCCAUCCUGGAAAAAGUUGAAAACACUGUGACUAGUAAAAGUAAAAGUGUAAGAGACAUCUCAAAGAGUUCUCCUUGCAAGGAGAUUUACAAAAAUAAAACACUGCCAAACUCUAAGAAUUGUACAACUCCUUGGAAUUUUGUGUUUGAAGAAGAAGACAUGAAAGAUGGAAUCAAAUCUAUUCGAGUUGAAGAAGCAGAGUCAGGUCAUCGGAGAAAAUUAACGCACGCUGAUAUUGUACGGCUGCGUAAAAAUCUUAUUCUCACUGCAACAACAACAGCUUCAGAAGUCUAG